CCUGGUCAUUAUUCUCCAGUCAGGAGAAGGCUGAGCUGGGUUUGUCCAAGCCGGAAAGGAGGUUCGAGGGUUCCAGCAGACCUCUACCUGCUGAGGUCUUCAGUGGGCUUAACCCCCCAGGUUGUCACAGUUUCCAGCUCUUCCUCAGAGACUGCCAUGGACUUGCCCGUGACAACACAGCUGCUGCUCCUUCUGGUGUGGGUGGCUGCCAUACAGGCAGCCCUGCCCAGGACUGAGCUUCUCAAUAUCUGCAUGGAUGCCAAGCAUCACAAAGCAAAGCCAAGCCGGGAGGACAAGCUGCAUGAGCAGUGCAGUCCCUGGAAGAAGAACGCCUGCUGCACCGCCAAUACCAGCCAAGAAGCCCAUAAGGAUAUCUCCUACCUGUACGGAUUCAACUGGGACCACUGCGGCACGAUGGAGCCCGCCUGCAAGCGCCACUUCAUCCAGGACACCUGUCUGUAUGAGUGCUCCCCCAACCUGGGGCCCUGGAUCCAGCAGGUGGACCAGAGCUGGCGCAAAGAGCGGAUCCUGGAUGUGCCCCUGUGCAAAGAGGACUGUGAGCGCUGGUGGGAAGACUGCCGCACUUCCUACACCUGCAAGAGCAACUGGCAUAAGGGCUGGAACUGGACCUCAGGGUACAACCAGUGCCCAGUGGAAGCUGCCUGCCACCCCUUCGAUUUCUACUUCCCCACGCCCACUGCUCUGUGCAAUGAUAUCUGGAGUCACUCCUACAAAGUCAGCAACUAUAGCCGAGGGAGCGGCCGCUGCAUCCAGAUGUGGUUCGACCCGGCCCAGGGCAACCCCAAUGAGGAGGUGGCGAGGUUCUAUGCUGAGGCCAUGGCAGCCGGGGCCGUGCCCCAUGGGACUGGGCCUCUUCUGCUCAGCCUGGCCCUGAUGCUGCUCUGGCUGCUCAGCUGAGCUCCUUUUACCUUCUGAUACCUGGACAUCCCUGCCUGUCCAGCCCCACAGCUCCCAGCUAUUCCGUCUCUGCUCUGUGGUGGGGCCUCAGACCCACAGUUUGAAUAAACCAGACACGCCAGA